AUGAGCAUAAAGGCGGGAGUCCUUGUCGAAAUUUUGAUCUGGCGACGUGUGGCAUCCUCAUCCGGUUUGAAGGCAGGUGAAAUUUUCUCAGGUAGUGCAUGGAAGACUGUGGUGGCGAUAAGGCCGUUUGAAUUGGUGUUGCGUGGGGCAGGUGGUGCUGAUGAGGAGGCGCUGGUAGUGGUGCUGCUGGUGGUGUGGCUGAUGGUGGCGGUGGUGAUGGCGAUGGUGUUGAUGCCUCCUCCGCCUCCUCCUCCUCCUCCGCCUCCUCCGCCUCCUCCGCCUCCUCCGCCUCCUCCGCCUCCUCCGCCUCCUCCUCCUCCUCCUCCUCCUCCUCCGCCUCCUCCUCCUCCUCCUCCUCCGCCUCCUCCGCCUCCUCCGCCUCCUCCGCCUCCUCCGCCUCCUCCUCCUCCUCCUCCGCCUCCUCCGCCUCCUCCGCCUCCUCCGCCUCCUCCGCCUCCUCCUCCUCCUCCGCCUCCUCCUCCUCCUCCUCCUCCUCCUCCUCCGCCUCCUCCUCCUCCGCCUCCUCCUCCGCCUCCUCCGCCUCCUCCUCCUCCGCCUCCUCCUCCUCCUCCUCCUCCUCCUCCUCCUCCUCCUCCUCCUCCUCCUCCUCCUCCUCCUCCUCCUCCUCCUCCUCCUCCGCCUCCUCCGCCUCCUCCUCCUCCGCCCCCUCCUCCUCCGCCUCCUCCGCCUCCUCCGCCUCCUCCUCCGCCUCCUCCGCCUCCUCCGCCUCCUCCGCCUCCUCCGCCUCCUCCUCCUCCGCCUCCUCCUCCUCCGCCUCCUCCUCCUCCGCCUCCUCCUCCUCCGCCUCCUCCUCCUCCUCCUCCUCCUCCUCCUCCUCCUCCGCCUCCGCCUCCGCCUCCGCCUCCGCCUCCUCCUCCUCCUCUUCCGCCUCCUCCUCCUCCUCUUCCGCCUCCUCCUCCUCCUCUUCCUCCUCCUCCUCCUCUUCCUCCUCUUCCGCCUCCUCCUCCUCCUCCUCUUCCUCCUCCUCCUCCUCCUCUUUCUGCUCCUCCUCCUCUUCCUCCUCUUCCUCCUCCUCCUUGGUCCAUACCUGACCCUCAUAACCUCUAUGACAGUUGA